AAAUAAAUAAAUAUAUAAGAGUGGGUUAUUAGUUAGCUUAUUGGUUUUCGAAUCACAACAACCUUCAAGCCCCAACUACUCUCCUCUCCUCUCCUGUUUGGCUCCACAGAAAAUCCACCGAGAAACUGUGAGAAACUCUCUCUCACACACCAAUCAAACCUACUCUUCUGCUCCAUAUCUUAGAUUGGAAAAACAAAACUAAAUACAUCAUCAAUUUCGCCAAUUCACAAUGGUUGGGGCUAUAAAGGCAGCCAUUGGAGACGCAGUCCUAACCUUUAUGUGGAUCUUCUGUGCUUCCACUUUGGGUGCUGUAACUGCUGUUCUUUCCACCGCUUUUGGUGUUAAUGGCCUCGUUUGGCCCUCUCUUUUCAUCACUACCGUUCUCGUUUUCAUUCUCGUCAUCGGUUUUACCUUCGUCGGUGACCUCCUUGGCGGAGCUAGCUUCAAUCCUACCGGAACCGCCGCUUUUUACGCUGUUGGUGUUGGUUCUGAUACUCUCUUCUCCAUGGCUCUCCGUUUUCCUGCUCAGGCAUUUGGUGCUGUGGCUGGAGCUUUGGCCAUCAAGGAGGUGAUGCCGGAGAAUUAUAAGCAUAUGCUUGGAGGGCCUUCAUUGAAAGUUGAUUUGCAUACAGGAGCCAUAGCUGAGGGAGUUUUGACUUUCUUAAUUACUUUUGCUGUCCUUCUUAUAAUACUCAAGGGCCCUCGAAAUUCUGUUUUCAAGACGUGGUUGCUCGCUGUUGCUACCGUGACUAUGGUUGUUGCUGGAUCUUCCUACACUGGACCUUCCAUGAAUCCUGCCAAUGCCUUUGGUUGGGCAUAUGUGAAUAACUGGCACAACACAUGGGAUCAAUUCUAUGUGUAUUGGAUAUGUCCAUUCAUUGGAGCAUUAUGUGCUGCUUGGUUCUUCCGUGCUCUCUAUCCACCACAAAUCAAACAAAAGAAGCCAAAGAGUAAGAAGGCUUGAGAGGAACCUCUCUUCUCACCAUGCUCGGUUUCGGUCAAUAAACCCAAUAAGUAGCCUUCUCCCUUUUUUCUUUUAUUUUUGUCUAAUUUAUUUUCUCCUUUUCAAGUAAAAAAUGUCAUCUUGCUUGUCAAGGAUUUAUAUAGUCCAUUUAAAUUAGUGGUGCCAUUUAGACUUUCUUUAUUUUUGUGUUUGGUUUAGAAGAACAGUGUUUAUAUCUGGGUUAAGGUGCAGGUAGUUCUUUCUGGCUCCUCUUUAAUCUAUUCUCGAUUCGCCAUCCUUUUUAUUGUCUCUAUGGAUCGUAAGGCCAAUUUCGUUACGUUUGUAGCACACUUAAGUUAUUUUUUUCACUACGAAAUACCUAAGUUAUUAUUUAUAUCAAUAUAUGAGGUUUGUUGUACUAA